GAGCUUGCCGGGACUAACCUUUCACUGUUUCCCUUCUCAGAUCUCCACUCACAACACCGCCUAUCCUUCCCGCCACCGCCGCCCCUUCCCGGUCCGAAGCCCUAACCCUAAUCCUAACCAUAACUCCAUAAAACCCAUCCCUCCUCCACCUAUCGAUGGCGGCCAAAUGGCUCUCCUCCUAAGAAACCCCCAACCCCACCGCUUCGGCCGCCUCCUCCUCCGCUCCUUCGCCGCCCCCGAUGGCCCCGCCGUCCUCUCCGCCUCCGAUCCACGCCCUCCAGCUCCGAUCCGACCCCCGAGAGAAGCCGAAUUGGGAGGAGGAGGAGGAGGAGGAGGAGGAGGUGGGCCAGGGAGCCUCCCUCGUGGUCCUCCUCUGCCCCUGCCUCGUCCUCCUCAUCCUCCUCCUCAUCGUCGGCUCCAUCGUGCUUGCCGUCAAGUUCCGCCUCUUCUGCCACGGCCCCUUCCGCGCCUCUCUUGGGCACCUCUUCUACAAGGAGAAGUGCCGCUCCUGAGCCCUAGAUCCUUCUCCACCUCCGCCGCCUCCUCCGAAUCCGGCGCGGAUUCCGGCGAGGAGGACCUGGAAUCAUCUGAUUCGGAUUUCGUGGGGGAGGGCUUGAGGCCGGCGGAUCCUGAGGUGGAGAGGGUCUGCAAAGUGAUCGAGGACCUCUUCGCCUCGGAUCGGAACAUGGAGGCGGUGCUGGACGAGUGCGGCGUCGAUCUUAGCUCUUCUCUCGUGAUCGAUGUCCUGGAGAGGUUCCGGCAUGCCCACAAGCCGGCGUACCGGUUCUUCCGGUGGGCUGGCGGGAGAUCGGGGUUCGCCCACGACUCCAGCACCUGCAACAAGAUGCUGAGCGUUCUGGGGAAGACGAGGCAGUUUGAGACCAUGGUGGCAUUGCUGGAGGAGAUGGGAAAGAAGGGGCUUUUGACGAUGGAGGCAUUCAAGACUUCGAUCAAAGCCUUCGCAUCCGCCAGGGAGAUGAAGAAAGCGCUUGGGAUCUUCCAGUUGAUGAAAAGAUACAAUUUUGAGGCAGGAUUGGAGACUUUCAAUUGCCUGAUAGAAGCUCUAGCAAAAGCCAAGCUAGGGAAGGAAGCUCAGGCAUUGUUUGAGAAGAUGAAGGAUCAGUACCCGCCCGACCUCCGGACCUACUCAGUGCUCCUCUUAGGUUGGUGCAAGCUGAAGAACUUGGUGGAAGCCGGGAGGCUCUGGAAUGAAAUGCUUGAUAAGGGAUUUAAGCCAGAUGUUGUUGCCCACAACACGAUGCUUGAAGGGCUGAUUCGGGGGCAGAGGAGGUCGGAGGCCAUCAAGCUUUUCGAGCUCAUGAAAGCCAAAGGCCCGGCACCAAAUGUCCGAACCUACACGAUUUUGAUUCAGGACCUGUGCAAGGCUGGGAAGAUGGAUCUAGCAGUCAGCUGCUUCGAGGAAAUGCUGGCUGCUGGAAGUGCUCCAGAUGUUGCAACCUAUACCUGUUUGAUUGUUGGGUUUGGAAAUGCUCGACAAAUGGAUAAAGUUUCAGCCUUGCUGAUGGAGAUGAAGGUGAAGGGAUGCCCACCAGAUGGACGGACGUACAACGCUCUGAUCAAACUUAUGACCAAUCGGAACAUGCCAGAUGAUGCAGCGAGGAUUUACAAGAAGAUGAUCAAGAAUGGGUUCGAGCCCACAAUUCACACGUAUAAUAUGAUGAUGAAGUCUUACUUCCAUGGAAGUAAUUAUGAGAUGGGUUGUGCUGUGUGGGAGGAGAUGGGUCGGAAGGGGAUAUGCCCUGAUGUCAAUUCUUAUACUGUCUUCAUUGGAGGCCAUAUACGACAUGGAAGGCCAGAAGAGGCACAUAAAUAUAUAGAAGAGAUGAUAGAAAAAGGAAUGAAGGCUCCACAGAUAGACUACAAUAAAUUUGCUGCGGAUUUCUCUAGGGCUGGUAAGCCUGAUGUAUUGUAUGAGUUGGCACAGAAGAUGAAUUUCUCAGGGAAGUUUGAGGCUUCCAAUGUGUUCCAUGGUUGGGCUGAAAGAAUGAAGAAGAGGGUCAAGAGAAGAGUUCCCAAUCAAACUGGACAGCGGCUUUUCUGAAAGUGUGCUACAAAUCUUAGCCUGAUCUUAUGGAUAAAUUCCUUUCUUCUGCCGGAGUGUCAUCACCAAAAGGUUGAGAAUCAUGGAAUAGCAUUCGAGUUCUCCUCAUUAUGUUUCUAAUCCAAGGGAUGCUCCGCCUGUUUCUUUUCACUUCCAAGGUCAAGCAAAAUGAGUUUGGGGCUAUCUUUGGUGACCAUGCACAAGGAUCCAAAGACACUUUCAAGGUCUUAAAAGGGUCAACCGGAUACUUCGGAGAAAAUUGCUUUGCAAAGGAGAGGCAGAGAAAUCAUGAAGAUUCCCACUUUUCAAGUCUGAGUUCUCGGUGAAUUUGACCGAGAACCAUGUUAAAAGUGUUUCCGCCAACUAGCCCGUUGAAGGAGUUCAUAUCAAGUUUUAACCAUUGGAGCUGGUGCAUUUCGAAAGCAAUUCAUCAUAAUUUUUACUUUUUGUGGUGGUGCAUUUUUGCCACUUGAGGGACAAACCCCACAUUUGAAGCCUGCUUGAGGGCAAAAAGCUUGUCCAAGCCUACCGACGAAGAGGUCCCCUUGACGUGCUUAAUGCAAUACUGGAAAGUUUGUUCCUAGACAUUUCUGACAGUAGUUGCAUAAUUAAUGCUACAAAUUUUAUGUACAUGUUGAGUUAAUUUUGUUAGCAAAACUUACUGUCUUGGAUGUUUGCCAAUCUUAAAUCUUCUCUUAA